AUGGAAACAGCAGUACGUAAAGCGACUCGACUUGAAUAUCGUCCACCUAAAGAAAAGCAUCUUCAUACAUUGGUGAGCUUAACAUUUCAAAGCCCACACUUGAUUGACAGUAUGCUGGGUUCUCUUGAAAGACGCUUAAAAGAAAGAUCAUGGAUUAUCACGUAUAAAGUGUUUGUCAUUCUACAUUAUCUUAUGCGAGAAGGCAAUAGUGAGCGUGUAACAGAAGUUAUUCUCCAUAGACCAAGUCUAUUGGAUGCUAGUCGAAUUAAGAAUAAAUCAUCUUCACCCUCGAAUAUUCAAAAUAUCUAUCUUUAUCGAGCGUAUUUGGAUGAACGAGUGAUUGCUUAUCGACAGCUACAUAGGGAUUAUGUCAAGGAGAUUCGAAAUGGACAAAAGAGACUUAGAUAUCUGUCUGUAGCAGAUGGCUUGCUUGAUGAAACAGCUGCUCUUCAGCGUCAAAUGGAAUCAGUUCUCAAGUGCAAAUUUAAUUUCAGUGAUGGGGAUCCUUCUAUCUCAUUUGCUGCUUAUAAAAUGACAAUUGAUGACUUAUUGUCUCUCUUUCAAGCCAUUAAUGAAAGUGUCGUCAACAUAUUAGAACACUAUUUUGAGAUGAACAAAAAAGAUGCGACUGGUUCACUCAAGAUAUACAAGAAAUUUGCUCAACAGACAGAAUUGACGAUUGAUUAUCUUAAUGAAGCAAAGCGAAUGCAACAAGAAUUACAAAUGAAUAUUCCUUCUGUUAAGCAUGCACCUUUGUCACUUGCUGCUGCAUUGGAAGAAUAUUUA